AGGCAGGGAAAGCAAGAAGAAAUGGGGGUGGCCGAGGGGAGGGUUGCGAGUUGCAACCAACAGCCCCGCCCCGGCGCCGCGGGCCAUUGCAAGCGACAGCAGCUGGACAGCAGCAGUAGCAGCAGCAGCUGGCAUCUCUUCUUUACUGAAGUUGCUCUUUUUAACCACCCGUCAAGGAUGGCGACUCCUGGGCGGGGCGUACGGGCAACCCGGAAGCUGCGGCAGUGGACAGUGGAACAAGUGGAGAGCGGGAAAUACCGCGGGCUAGUGUGGGACGACCCUCCGAAGAAGACGAUGUUCCGCAUCCCCUGGAAACAUGCCGGGAAACAGGAGUUUCACCAUGAAGAGGACGCUGCCUUCUUCAAGGCGUGGGCCAUCUUUAAAGGAAAGUACCGCCCAGGAGAACGCUUCGAUCCCGCUGCCGGCAAGACCCGUAUCCGCUGUGCCUUGUUCAAGAGCCCUGAGUUCGAGGAGGUGCCGUCGCGCUCCAAGCUGGAUAUCACGGAACCCUACAAGGUGUAUCGUCUGGUCCCACCCUCUGAGCAGCCUAUCGUGAACACAUCAAAGAAGUCCAAGAAGAUGAAGUCAGAAUGCUCCAGGGGGACCUCAGCAGAGAGGGCAGGAAGCCCUCCCCCUCCACCCAAGGAUGGGCGUGCCACGUCAGAGGCCACGGCCAGUCUGUCUCUGAAUGCAACAGCUACUUUAACUUUCCACAAAGAGGAGUUCAGCCCUCAGUCCGAUGAAACAGCUCCUGACAUGACGGAGAUCGCCCUCCACUUGGAGGCCGAAAUUGUGCCGGCAGAGAUUCCUCUGGUGAUGAGCAUAGGGGAGUUCUCCGUUCAGCUCUCCAUCCUCUACAGCGGCGUGCUGAUCCAGAGGUUCUUUCUCCCGGAGGGCGACUUUCGGAUCACGUCUGCCGCUCCGCCAUCAGAAGGGCCACGUCACAGGAUGCGUUGUGUGAUGCUGCCCCCUCCAGAACGCCUGGAGGACUCCCAGAAGCAAAGGGACACCCAGCAGCUGCUGAAGGAUCUCGAAAAAGGAGUGAUGGUUGACAGUAACCGGGAAGGGAUAUUUAUCCAGUGCCAGAGAAGGUGUAAAGCGAACAUCAGUUGGAAGGGCUUCACAAAAUCCCUGGCCGUUGGGAAACUGAAUAGUGACACUUUCCUUCAAGUGUUUAGCACCAAAGCAUUUCAGGCAGCUUGGGACCAGCACAAACUUGGAUUUGCUCCCAUACCUGAACACCAAGUUACGCUAUGUGUAGGAGAAGAACUGGAGGGAAAUGACAGUUUGAAUAAUAAGCUCAUCAUAAUUCAGAUGGCGCAGAAUUUUGCUGCUCGAAUGACUUAGGUAAAAAGAGAUGCGUGACCUGGAACCCUUUUCGUUACCUAUGGCAGCUUCUGGUUACUGCUUUUCCUUGGCGAAUAUGUCAUUGGACCACAAAGCUUAUGUCUGGAUCUUUGAAUAUGCAGUAGCACUUUGUAGGUUUAACAGCCUAUUCUCCUCUCAGUAUGCAACUUCUUGAAUUUCCAAGGGCAUAGCCCUUCUAUUUCUUAUAGUAUAAGCCUGGACUUUCUACACUUGCUUUAAGUCUGGCAAAGCUAGCAUUGUCUGUAAAAUUGUUCUUCCUGUGUAUAAACUCAUGAAACACUAGAACUAAGAAGCAGCGGCUUCUAGAUUGAGACAAAUUCCAGUUACAUUUUAAGACUGAGGAUUUUCCUUUCUGAAUCCUAGUAGCAGCAGAAGCAAAUUCUAUAAUUUGCGCCCACCUUCCAUGUCUGCUAGAACCCCACUAUGUUCUCUUUGCACUUUAUUUGAAAGUACAACAUCCCCAGUCAACAGAGUAGUCUUCAAGUAGCAACAAUAAAAGCUGAAUAGAUAUAAGUGCCCAGAGUCUGCCUCGUGUGUUGUUUUGAAUUAAAGUUACGAAUGUGGAUGAA